AUUUCUAUCAAUCUAGCCCAUUUUAUAUUCAUACAGUAACUUUGGUUUGAUUUUGAGAACAGGCUGAUGUCGCGUUCACUGAAACAUUUUAACAAUUUAGUGCUGUGCUUGUUAUUAUGUGUUUCUUUGAUUCUUGACGCUUCGUUAGUAGUAACUUCAAAAAGUGAUAUUGUAAAUAUUGGUUCCAUCGUUUCAAUGCAAAGCAUCCUCGGAAAAGUCUCCACCAUUGCCAUGAAGGCUGCUGUUGAUGAUAUUAAUUCAGACCCAACAAUUCUACCAGGAAGAGAAUUGAGACUUUCUAUUUUUGAUGCAAACUUUAGUGGUUUCACAAGCAUUGCUGGUGCAUUGAAGUACAUGGAGAUCAAUAAUGUAGCUAUUAUCGGUCCACAAAGUUCUGUGAUGGCUAAUGUGCUUUCACAACUUGCCAGUGAACUCCAUGUCCCAUUAUUAUCAUUCACUGCUUUAGAUCCCACGCUUUCACCACUCCAAUACCCCUAUUUUCUCCAAACAGCCCCAAAUGAUCUUUACCAGAUGAAAGCAGUUGCUGCUAUAGUAAAUUACUUUGGUUAUAGAGAGGUAAUCGCAAUCUUCACUGAUGAUGACCAGUUUCGUAAUAGUAUAGGUGUGUUGGGUUAUGAACUGACAAAGAAAAAAUGCAGGCUCUCAAGUAAAGUACCACUUCCACCUUACUUAAAUCUAAGUCGAGAUAUUAUUAAAGAUGAAUUGCUUAAGGUCAUGUCUAUGGAAUCCCGUGUCAUUCUUGUACACACUUACUUCGACGUGGGCUUAACCAUCUUUGAGGUUGUAAAGAGUCUCGGCAUGAUGAGAAAAGGAUAUGUAUGGAUUGCGACUACAUGGCUAUCGACUGUUGUGGAUUCUAUUAGCAUUUCUUCUGCGGAUGCUGCCUCUUUACAUGGUGUUCUAACUCUUCGACCCCAUGUCCCAUAUUCCCACAGGAAAAGAGAUUUCACUAGACGGUGGAAGAAUUUAAGUAACAGCUCUAUUAGACUAAACCCCUAUGGUUUAUAUGCAUAUGAUACUGUCUGGGUAAUUGCUUAUGCAAUUGACAAGUUUCUUAAACAAGGUGGCAAGAUUUCUUUCUCCAAUUAUCCGAAUCUAAGAAAGCUAUUGGGAACCACCAGAUUGAAUCUUAAAUCACUUAGUACUUCUGAUGGGGGAAAACAGUUGCUUAGCAUCAUGCUACAUACAAAUAUGACAGGUCUGACUGGACCACUUUUGUUCAAUUCCGACAGAUCCUUGAUAAACCCUGCGUUUGAUGUUAUCAACAUUUUAAAAACGGAUGGCCGUCUAGUUGGGCACUGGUCUAACUAUUCCGGGCUAUCAGUUCAGACUCCAAAGAGUUCUUUUGACUUGAUACCACCAAACAUGUCUUCUGCAAACCAACAAUUGGGAAGUGUGAUAUGGCCCGGAAACACAAAAGAUAAACCCCGUGGAUGGGAGUUUUCCAACAAUGGGAAACCUUUGAGAAUUGGAGUUCCGUUAAGAGCUAGUUUUAAAGAAAUGACAAUGCAAGUCAAUGGUUCGGAACGAGUUGGUGGUUUUAGCAUAGAUGUCUUUUUGGCUGCCAUAAAUUUGCUGAAGUACCAACUUCCUUACGAGUUUAUCAUGUUUGGGGAUGGCCAGGAGAACCCAAGCUACUCGGAGCUUGUAAAUCAGGUUGCGUCUAAUAUGAUUGAUGCUGCUGUGGGUGAUAUUACAAUAUUAACUAAUCGUACAAAGACAGUGGAUUUUACAGAGCCAUAUAUGGAGUCAGCUUUGGUUGUAGUUGUCCACGUACAUAAACCACAUUCGAGUUCUUGGGCUUACUUGCAAGCAUUUAGUCUGCCCUUAUGGGGCGUCUUUGUUCUUCUCUUCUUCUUUUUUGGAGCAGUCGUGUGGAUACUAGAACACAGAUACAACGACGAAUUUAGGGGUACGCCUAAGAAACAAAUUGGUACUGUAUUGUGGUUUACCUACUCAACUAUGUUUUAUGUGCACAGAGAAAACACGGUGAGCACCCUUGGUCGUGUGGUCGUAGUCAUUUGGCUUUUCAUAGUUUAUUUUGUUAACUCAAGCUACACGGCAAGCCUGACAUCAAUCCUAACCGUGCAAAAACUACAAACUCCCAUCAACGGAAUUGAAUCAUUGAUCACACAAAAUGAGCUUAUUGGAUAUCCCAAGGGAUCCUUUAUUGGUGAUUAUCUGGCAAAAGAACUUGAAAUUCCAAAAUCAAGACUCGUUGCCCUUGGUUCCCCGGAAGAAUAUGCUGAGAAAAUAUUGGCAGGAACAGUUGCCGCCAUUGUUGAUGAAAGGCCAUAUGUGGAUCUUUUCCUUUCACAAUACUGCAGUUUCCAGAUUGUUGGCCACGAGUUUGAAAAGAGUGGGCUGGGAUUUGCAUUUCCGAAGGACUCCCUUUUGGCUGUUGAUAUAUCGACUGCCAUACUGAAAUUGGCAGAAAACGGAGAGCUUCAAAAGAUUUACGACCAUUGGCUCAACAAAACAGCUUGUGGCCCGCAGAGCAUAUCAGUGGCAUCUGGCCAACUUAAUAUAGGAACCUUCUGGGGACUGAUUCCCAUGUUUGGACUAGUUUGUAGUGUCGCGCUUUUUGCACACUUAUGUUUAACACUUUACAAAUUCAGAAGACAUCAUCCUGAAGUCAAGAAGCCAUUGCAAAAAUGGCACUGUUGGAAACAAUAUUUGCAAACGUUUUUGAUGUUUGUGGAUGAGAAACAAGAGGUAUCCACGAACAAGUUUAAGAGAAAGAGGACAGCUCUGGCAUGAAUGGCGGAAGUUAAGAAGAGAGUCAAGUGAAUACAAACCCAUGGAUCGACAGCAUUUAUUUGCAAAUAUGUUAAAGUUCUGGAACUUUUCUAUACUAGCUUGAAAGUCAUGAGUAGUAAUUAGUUGUUGGUUAAUGUUUGGUAUGUUGUAAGAACUCUCCUAUCUGCUAUGAGUAGUGUGUAUAUGCAUAGUCAA